AUAGCAGUGAAUCAAAAUGGCAAAAAGAAAGAAAGAAAGAAAGAGAAAGGGAGAGAUAUAGAAGAAUAUAAUGGUAAGUGCAAACAAUGCAACUGUUUCUCUUUUUCACUUGGACCCAUUUCUUUAAUAUGCGAAAGAAUUAUAAGUACUAAUUAAGUAGUUCACAGCUCAACCCAUCCACCCCCUAUAUUUCAAAGCUCUAUUCACCACAUUUUUCCUUCACAAUAAUUUCUCUCCUCUUUCUCAUAUCCCCAAUGGACAUGGAACAAUCUAACCCUCUAGAAAGUGAAGUGCAACCAACUACCUCAUCAUCAUCCUCUAUCACCAUUACUUGCUCCAAUGAAGAAGCCACUAAGGAAAAGAAGAAGAAAAAGAAGAGAGGGAAUAAUGAAGGGAAACACCCUACGUAUAGAGGAGUGCGCAUGCGUCAAUGGGGCAAAUGGGUAUCCGAAAUCAGAGAGCCAAGGAAGAAAUCAAGAAUUUGGCUUGGAACUUUUCCCACGCCGGAUAUGGCGGCUCGAGCCCACGACGUCGCGGCUCUCACCAUCAAAGGCAGCUCGGCUUACCUCAAUUUCCCCGAAUUAGCCGCCGAGCUGCCCCGCCCCGCCACCACCUCCCCUAAGGACAUCCAAGUCGCGGCGGCCAAAGCCGCUGUGCUUGAUUUCGGCCACCGGAGCCAUGAAGCCGAGUCGGAGCUGAGCCGAGCCGUUUCCUCCUCAAGCCUCACACAAGCUUCAUCAUCUUCCAAUUGUUCAUUGAACGGUGAGGAUGACACAUUCUUGGACCUUCCUGAUCUCUCUCUUGACUUGACCCAUGGUGGUGCUGAUGAGUUUCAUUAUUCAUCGGCUUGGCUUGUAGCCGGAGCCGAACAGGGUUUCCGGCUUGAAGAGCCUUUUUUAUGGGAAUCAUAUUAACAAGUUUCCUUACUCAAGUAGGCCAAUUUCCUUUUUUCAUGUUUGUGCUCCUCUCUUUUUUCUUUGUUCCUUUCACUUUAAUUUGGGCUACUUGAUAGAACCUUCAAGCAUGACGUGGGGUGUCAAAAUAUGAAGUUUUUCAUACUCAGUUUCUUUCUGCAAGAAUUCAUGUAAAUAUUCCCUAAAAAAAUCAUCUACCAUUAAUAUUUGAGAUAAGGUAAUAAUUAAAUUGCAUGCCCCCGCAUCAUAUUCCUCAAUUUGUUGUAAAUUUCCUCACCUGUCAUAUGUACAUCCUCCCCUUUGUCAAAAUUUAGUCUAAUCAUCAUGUAAGGGUGAAACUGGAAUAAAAUUCAGCUGGGUUUUUUUAUUUUUAUUUUUA